CGGCCUGUCCUCGGCAAAAUGGCAGAGGUCGGUCAGCGGCUGGGCAGCGGCGCUUACCGGCUGUCCGCUCUCAGAACCGGCUACAGUCGACCGAGGAGCACCGGAGGAGACCCCGGAAGUCUCCCGGUAAGCUGCGGCUCCGGUGGCAGCCGGGCUGAAGAGGAAUCUGUUCUGGAUCAACGUGAAGUUCAGUCGGUGUCCACGACCAAAACAACACGACGCAGAUCACAGAAACUUUCCAGAGUGAAGAGAAGUGACAGCCAGCAGGGAAAUGGGACUUUGCUUUGUGCCACCUCUGUGGAGCUGACUGCACCACGUUUAAUUUGGUUGGUUGAAACCAGAGAGAACCUACAUGUUCAUAAAACAGCCCUGUUCCUGUCUGCAGGUCUCCUCCAGGAGAAGCUGCAGCCCUGCCGGAUGACGGCCUGGACCAGAGCAGCUGUUUCCAUCCACCCUGAUGCCUUCAGGUCCACUCAGCAGCUCCGAGCUUUUUGCACUGUCGUCUUCAUUCUGGCAGAGCAGAGAUCAGCAUGGUGGAAACUACACCCUGAUACCCUGAACGCUUCUACAUCAACUAGAAGCUACAGGUGGAGUUCAGGAGAUGCUCCUCUGCUGCACAGAAGCAAGACGGCCUAUUAUGACAUCCUCAAAGUGUCCCCCAGCGCCACACAGUCCCAGAUCAAGACAGCCUACUAUAAACAGUCCUUCAUCUACCACCCUGACAAGAACCCGGGCAGCAAUGAGGCCAUCCAGUGCUUCUCUGAGAUCAGCGAGGCGUACACCGUGCUGGGCAACAUCAGCCUGAGGAGGAAGUAUGACCGGGGCAUCCUGAGCCAGUCCGACAUCCAAAAUGCAGGGAGGCCAUCCUCCAAAGAGAGCACAGGCAGAUCCACAGGCUCCCCGCAGCAGCACAGUGCCAGGCAGUUCACUCAACCGGGGGGAAAACCCAUAUUUGAUUUUGAUGCCUUUUAUCGGGGUCACUACGGGGAGCAGCUGCAGAGAGAGAGGGAGAUGAGGGCCCGCAAGAAGCGCAUGGAGGAGCAGCAGAAGACAACGUUGAAAAGUUGGAAAGAGGACAGGAAGAUAAUUGGGCUGUUUCUGACAAUGAUGAUGUCCACGAGUUCUAAGAUCUGUCCUGUAGAGGGCAUCUGAGUACAUGAAAAAUGAUCUCAGGGUUACAGCUGGAGGCCCGAGGAGCUCUGUGUGUUUUAACUGUGUGGGAGGAUAUGAAUGCCUGCUAUGGAGGUCUCAGCUUGCACGGGGCUGCUGCUGUUGUUGACUGUAUGUCUGAUUACAGCUUCUCUUAACCCUCUGAACUCCAA